UCACACACGAAAGAAAGAAUAGCAUCCUGUUAGUGUUACACUCUCCAUGGUCUAUGCUGUAUGCACUCGAACAGGGAAGACAGUUUGAUAUAGUUUAAUAUAGUUGCAUCAGACAGGGUAUUCGUAGGUACACAAACAACAUGUCGUCAUCGAAAGACAACAAACUGAUGUGGAAGUUGACACCAGAUAUUAUGAAGAAAUCAGCUGAUGAGUUGAUGACCAAAACAAAAGCUGUUUACGACGGUGUGGGAGCGCUUUCUCCGGACGCUGUCACCUACAAUAAUGUUGUAAAGGCUCUUGCUGACAAUGACUGUGAAUACGCUGUGGCGAAGAGCAAUCUGGAGUUCAUGCAGCAUGUUUCUGCUGAUAAGGAGCUGAGAGACGCCAGUGUUGAAAUUGACAAAAAAAUAUCUGAAUUUGAUAUAGAAAUGAGCAUGAGACAAGAUGUUUUUAAUGCACUGAUUGCUUAUGAGAAGAAAUUUUCGAAAGAAGGCUCAGAAGAAUCAAAAAGAUAUGUAGAAAGAAUGAUCAAGCUCGGAAGACAAAAUGGUCUCGAUCUGCCUGAAGAGAAACAACAAAAAAUCAAAGAAAUCAAGAAGAGAAUGAGUGAUCUGUCCAUUGACUUCAGUAAAAAUCUGAAUGAGGAGAACACCAUCCUCACUUUUACAGAAGAAGAACUUGUUGGACUCCCUGAAGAUUUCCUUAAAUCUCUAGAAAAGAAUGACGAGGGUAAACUGAAUGUGAGCCUGAAGUAUCCCCAUUAUUUUCCGUGUAUGAAGAAAGUCAGGAAUCCGGACACUAGAAGAAAACUAGAAACAGCAUUUAACUCGAGGUGUCUUAAAGAAAACACUGCCAUUUUAGAAGAACUGGUAGAGCUCAGAGCCAAGAAAGCUGACAUUCUAGGAUUCCCUACCCAUGCUGCUUUUGUGUUAGACAUGAGAAUGGCCAAAGAUCCUGACACGGUGAAAAAUUUCCUGGUUGAUCUGGCCCAGAAACUGCGCCCUCUACAAAAUCAGGAAGUUAAAGUGUUCCUUGACUACAAGAAAGAGGAAUGUGACAAGUAUGGAUACCAAUAUGAUGGAAAGAUAAAUUACUGGGACCUACGAUACUACAUGACGAUGACUGAGGAACGCCAGUACGCGGUGGACUCCAAUCUUCUAAAGGAGUACUUCCCCAUGGAAACUGUGACCGCUGGACUGCUGGAUAUCUAUCAGGAACUGUUGAAUCUCAAAUUUACACAAGUGAAAGAUGCUGAAGUUUGGCACCCAGAGGUCACUCUGUAUACUGUAGAAGACAAAAAAUCGUCUAACCUUCUGGGCUAUUUUUAUCUAGACCUGUAUCCUCGAGAGGGAAAAUUUGGACACGCUGCUUGUUUUGUACUGCAGCCCGGGUGUCUACAACCUGAUGGGAAGAGACAGGUUGCUGUGGCUGGAAUGGUUGCUAACUUUACCAAACCAACAGAGGACAAACCAGCCCUGCUUACUCAUGAUGAGGUAAAGACGUACUUCCAUGAGUUUGGUCAUGCGAUGCACGAGAUUUGUGCUCAGGCAGAAUUUGCCUUGUUUAGUGGGACCAGUGUUGAGAGAGAUUUUCUUGAAGCCCCAUCUCAGAUGUUAGAGAAUUGGUGUUGGGAGAAAGAACCUCUCCAGAGAAUGUCCAAACACUACAAAACGGGGGCACCAAUCCCUGAUGACUUGUUAGAGAAGUUGAUCAAGAGCCGCAUUGCCAAUGCUGGAAUGUUCAACCUACGCAAGAUCUUAUUGGGAAUGUUUGACCAGACCAUACACACUCAGAAAAAGGCUGACACAGCAAAGCUUUUCUCUGAGAUCUCACAAGAGUACCUGGGAUUCCCAUCCACUGAGGGCACCAAUAUGUCUGCUUCCUUUGGUCAUCUAGCGGGGGGAUACGAUGCUCAGUUUUAUGGAUACUUGUGGAGUGAAGUCUUUUGUAUGGACAUGUUCUACACCCGGUUCAAGAAGGAGGGUAUCAUGAGUCCAAAAGUGGGCGGGGAUUACAGGAGGUGUAUACUACACCCUGGUGGAUCCAAGGAUGCUUCUGACAUGCUGCGUGACUUCCUGGGUCGUGACCCCACACCGGAAGCCUUCCUCAUCAGCAAAGGCCUCAAUCAUAAUGCAUGAGGUUGUUCAUUUAGAGACAUUUGUGAUAAACAGAGAGUACACCACUAAACACUUCCAACAUGAACCAAUUUUUCUUGUGUACAAAACAGAAAAUAGAUCAGUCAAUAUAGCUUUAAUUUAUUCUUUAUCAUGAAAAAGAGUUGUACAAAUAGUUGUAAUGUGUUGAGGUUGACAGUUUUGAUGAUAAACAUAAAUAAUAAAUGAGCAUUGGCUUGAGAACACAUAUGAAAUAAAGCCUUAUUCCAAAUAUAUAAAA